UAGCCUGCAGCAGCCCUCCAGGCUCCUCCAUCCAUGGGAUUUUCCAGGCAAGAAUAUUGGAGUGGUUGCCAUUUCCUCCUCCAGGGGAUCUUCCUGACCCAGGGAUUGAACCCACAGCUCCUGCCACAUCUCCAGCAUCGCAGUUUCUUCCAGGAAUGGAUCAGCUGAAGCAGAUCAUCUCCUUAGGCCAGCUUAUCUACAACCAGUGUGAGGAGAUGAAGUACUGCCAGAAACAGAGCCGACGUCUAGGGCACCGCAUCCAGGGCCUGCUGCAGCCUCUGCAAAUGCUCCAGGACCAAGGAGAGAGGAACCUGCCCUCCCAGAUAAGCGCUGCGCUGAGCUGUUUCCAGGCUGCCCUAGAGGAAGCCAAGCAGCGGAUAGACAAGUUCAGCAAUAAGUCCGAUAUCCAGAAGUUUCUAACAGCAGGGCGCGACAGCAUAAUCUUUGGUGGGGUGAACCAGAGGCUGAGCGAUGUCUGGGAGGAACUCUCUCUGCUGCUCCAGGUGGAUCAGUGGAGGCAUACUUCAAGCCUCAGCCCAGGAGUGUCUUGGCAACAGGAAGACCAGCAGGAUGCAGAGGAGGACAGGAAAGCUAUCCAAGGACUGAGUGAGAAAGAAACUGUAAAAACUUUAUUGAGGCAAUUGGAGAACAUAAAGGAAACCAUCGAAGCCGUGCAGAGCUGGAUGAGGUCAGAUUCACAGAAACCCAAGAAGGGGUUCCCACAGGAUCAAAUCAAGGAGAUUAAGAAGGAGGAGCUUCCAGAAGCCGAUUGGAUCCUACUAAAGGAAAAUGAAUCCAGCACACUUUAUGAAGGAAAAUACCAUGAAUCUCCAGUGGCCAUAAAAGUAUUCAACAACUCCCAGGCCAAAGACAUUGGAAUAGUGAGGCAUACUUUCAAUAAUGAAAUCAGAACCAUGAAGAAAUUUGAUUCCCCCAACAUCCUGCGCAUGUUUGGGAUUUGCAUCGAUGAAACAGCAAUCAGCUCUUUUCCAUCAGUGACACCCCCUCAGUUGUCCAUCGUCAUGGAGUACUGUGAGCUCGGGACCCUGAGGGAGCUGCUGGAUCGGGAAAAGGACCUCACCCUGGCCAAGCGCAUCAUCCUGGCCCUGGGGGCAGCCAGAGGCUUGUACAGGCUGCACCAUUCGGAAACACCCUCAGAACUCCACAGGAGCAUCAGUAGCACGAGCUUCCUGGUGACUAAAGACUACAGUGUGAAGCUUGCAGGAUUUGAGUUGAGCAAAACACAGACCUCCAUCAGCCGACGAACUAGAGGAAAAGCAGCAGAGAGAGUCAGUUCUGCCGCAUACAUCUCACCCCAGAGGCUGGAAAAUGUGUAUAAUAAAUACGACAUAAAAGCCGAAAUAUACAGCUUUGGAAUUGUCCUCUGGGAGAUCGCCACUGGGAAGAGCCCAUUUGAAGGUUGUGAUUCCAAGAAGAUCUACCAGCUGGUGGCUGAGUCUCGGCACCGGGAGCCAGUGGGUGAAGAUUGCCCUUCACAGUUGCGGGAGAUCAUUGAUGAUUGCCGUGCCUAUGAACCCUCCAGGAGGCCCUCUGUUAAAGAAAUCUUAAACAGACUGUCUUCCUUUUAUUAAGCCACGUGUUGAAACUGAAACUGUCCCUGAACAAGGAGCUGGAAGAACACGAGCUGGGCAUCUUUUUCUCUCAAAUCCUUCAGCAU